AUGUUGGCAGCGCUGGUUACUACACUGAUCUGUUUUAUAUUGCAAAGCUCUCUGACCCAUGGUAGGGUGUGCUGGGAGGAAAGCAUGGUACCUAAGGGAAGGAACAGCAGCUGCGUAGCUCCACAGGCUUUUCUAAUCUUUGGCCACGGCAAAGCAAUCCACAGAAUGCAAUUGGAUGGGAAGCGACAGAGGCGGCUGGUGGCUGGAGUGGGCACUUCCAUCAUCAUAGACUUUGAUUACAGAGAGGAGACUGUGUACUGGGCAGAUAGGUAUACUGGGCUCAUCUACAAAGCACAGCUCGGAGCGCACAAGCAGAAAGUAUUUUCCUCAGACAAACAUAUUUCAGGCCUGGCGGUGGACUGGCUUUUGAACAGCAUCUACUGGACAAGUGGUGUAAAGGGCAAAAUCCGGAAAAUUGAUAUGAAUGGGAAAAACGAAAAGACCAUUUUGCGUCAUCUGACACAGCCAGCUUCAAUAGCGGUCGACCCCACCAAGAGGUUUCUCUUUUGGCUGAGUGGUGAAACAAGCUCCAGUAUUCAGCGCGCUAAUCUGACAGGCCACAUGAAAACCACUCUUAUCAAAAUAAAUGGACAACUCAAGGUGCUGUCUGUGGAUCACAAAGACAAAAGACUAUUUUGGGUCCAAUUUGGUCCAGAUGAACAAUCUGCAAUUGGAUCAUGUGACUACAGUGGGAAGGUCAUACACAUUACUGACCAUCAGCUUCGUUCUUUCUCUCUAGGAAUCGCCAUAUUUAAGAACAACUUAUAUUACAAUGACUUUGAAUCUCAUGGUAUAAAACGGGUUAACAAAUACGGAGGAGAUUAUCAGAAGGUGAACAGAAAAGCUCUGGCCAAACCUCCAGUGGACAUCAAAGUUGUCCAAAAACAACCCACAGAAGACUCGAUUCUUCAAUUUUCAAGUUGUGAUAAACUGAGUGGGAACUGUGUGAAUGUAUGCUCCAGUCCAUCUGAGGAUGAGGUCUGUCAAUGCAGUGAGGGAUUUGUCCUCAGUAAACAAGGCACAUAUUGUGAAGAUGUAAAUGAGUGUGCCCACUGGAAUCACGGCUGCUCUCUUGGCUGUGAGAACAUUCCAGGAUCCUAUUUCUGUACCUGUCCUAAAGGAUACACUCUCAUGCCAGACAAGAAGACAUGCCAAGAGAUCAUAGAGUGUGACAGCAGCAGACAAUGUGGGAGUGGCUGUCUGGAGGUAGGGGGCAGUGUGGAGUGCGUGUGUCCAGAGGGCUCUGUGCUGCAGGAGGAUGGGCAGGCUUGCACUGGCUGCACGUCUGCAGACAGAGGCGGCUGCAGUCAGCUGUGCUCUCCUCUGAACUCCAGUGUGAGCUCUGGGCAGUGGCAGUGUGGCUGUGUGCCUGGCUAUGAGCUGCAGCUGGACAGGAGACAGUGCAUUGCAGAGGGCCCACCUCCUCUUCUGCUUGUUGCCACUUUAGUGGAUGUGCGCAAGGUCUGUCCUGAUGGAACAGGAGAGGAGAUCCUGCUGUCAGAGUCCACAGGGAGAAUCACAGCUCUGGACUAUGACCCGGUCCAUAAGGAGGUGUACUAUGUGAGCAUGAGCCGAAGGAGCAUAGAGCGUGUGAGCGUGGAGGACGGCUCCAGACACACUGUGCUGUCUGAGAGAGUGGAGUCAGUACAAGGGCUGACCAUAGACUGGCUCCACCGCACCCUCUACUGGACUGAACAAAGCCAGUCAACAAUAGAGUGCAGUCCUCUGACUGGACUGAGAAGAGAAACAGUCAUAAGUGAUGGCCUCCAAAAACCAAAAGCCAUUGCAGUCCAUCCCUUGGUGAAGAGGUUAUUCUGGACAGAUGUUGGGUCCAGGCCCAUGGUGGACAGUGCCUCUUUAGAUGGUGGAGGGCGUGUGGUCGUGGUCAGCACUAACCUUAUCUCCCCGAGUGCCCUGAGCUUAGACUUCCCAGAGGAGCGGCUGUGGUGGGCUGACAGCGGCACAGGGCUGGUGGAGAGCGCUCAACUGGAUGGAUCACUGCGACACACCCUGUCAGGGAAACAAGUAGCACAAGUGUUUGGCCUAGCAGUGUGGGAGGAGCGGCUCUGGGUGUCUGAGCAGGAGCAUCAUCAGCUGAGGAGCUUCCACAAACGCACUGGAAAAGAGCUGGAGCAUCUCCAUAGCAACAUGGUCCAACCAGCUAAUAUUGUAGUGCUUCAUCCUGUCGCAAAACCAGGAGCAGAUGUGUGUCUUCAUAAGAAUGGAGGUUGUGCUCAGCUGUGUGAGAGCAACCUGGGAACAGCUCUCUGCUCUUGUCUGCCUCACUACACUCUGUCUGCAGAUGGGACAAACUGCCACCAGGGGGAGACAGUCACAAGUCCAAGAGAAAACCAAACUCACAGUGAAGAAAGCACCACUGUGAUAACUGAAGUUGUGAGUGCCACAGAGAGAAUUGAUUUAGUCUCCAGUGCAGGCACGACAUCCAGCCUCUCAGACAAGAUGGUGGCAGAUGAGCAUGAGUGUUCCUCCCUACACUGUGAUGACAAUGCCCAGUGUGUACAGACAGCAGGGGGCAGUGUUUGCGUGUGCAGAGAGGGCUUUACAGGAAAUGGGCACCUGUGUAUGGACAUAGAUGAGUGUGAAGCUGUGCCGGAUAUCUGUGAUCCAAAUGCAGAGUGUGUGAACACUGUGGGCAGUGUGCUCUGUCGCUGUCACACAGGAUUUAUAGAGGACGGUACCAAGUGUAAAGCGGUGGUGACAGUUCCUCCUGUGAUCAGUAGCAUGACUCCAGGACACCACAACAAUAAUGUGGUGGAGAGGUGCCCGUCCAGCCACGAGUCCUACUGCCUGUACCAGGGAGUCUGCUUCUACUUCCCAGACAUGGACUCCUAUGCGUGCAACUGCAUGUCUGGCUACAUGGGUGAGCGCUGUCAGUUCAGUGACCUGGAGUGGUGGGAGCUGCAGCAGGCCGAGGAGCAGAAGAAGAAGAACGUUACUAUAGCAGGCUGCAUGGUGGGCCUCAUUUCCCUGCUCUCCAUCGCUGCCUGCGUCACCUAUUGCUACGGAACUCGGAAGCUAUUUGCUAAAAAGCUUCCAGAUGACCACAUGAGUGAGACCAGUGGGACAGUGGAGAGCAUGUCUGUGACCACAACUUCCAGCGCGCCACCGUUUUCCAUGACAACAGAGAGGGAAUUACAUACGAUAAUGGGCUGUCCCAGAAGAGCUGUCUGCCCCUCCUGCUCCUCAGAACCAGGUGACAACUCAGAAGAUUCCGAAUUAUAUGCAAAACACAACAGAGGCUAUGAGUGCUCCAUGCUGUCUGCUGUCGCCAUGGAAACUGAUCAGCUCCCCGACUGUCAAUCAAGUCCAGUGUCAACCUUCUCGACGUUCAAGCCUCACCAGCAACCCCAGAGUCUACAGCCCCCAGCCUCCUAGCUACAAACGACUCUU